GAGAGAGAGAGCGAGAGCGUGAGUUGGAGAGGGAGAGGGGGGUGGGGAUGGAAGGACCUGGAUGGGGCCGAGGUAUUCUCUCCCAGUGGAUGCUACCUGUCCUCUACAUGGCUUUUGUCCUCCGUUUUUCAGUCUCUCCUUGUACCCGGGAGCCGGAUCCGGCGCACGGACCUGCAGCAACACUCAGCCGGGGAUGAAUCAGCCCCGACAAAGAGCCUUUGAGAUGGCAGUGUGCGCUUGUGCCUGGAGGGAGAAACGCAUCAGGCUUUCCCAGGCAAGCGGCAGCCUGCAGUGCUGGCUGGCUUGAGAGCCAGUCCUCUCAUGUCUUCGUGUGGGUGCAUGUGUGUGCGCGCAUGAGUGGUGUCACGAGCAGUGUAUGUGCUCACUCUUGCUUUCAACCCUUCCUGGAGGAGAGUGGCUCUCCUCGUCACUGGACAGCAAGGAGGAGGCUGUGAGAAUGCAGAGCAGCCAGGACGUGUUGAUGGGAAAAAGAGCGAGAUGAUUCUCAUCUACGAUGGGCUGUAUCUUCACUCCUCCUGGAAGAUAUCACGCCGAGCCCGGCUCCAUCGUUCUAUCGUCUCUAUUGUCAAAAAUGGUUCCACAUUCUCCAGAGUUUUUAAGGUCGUACCUUCUAAUAUGGAUCCCUAUGGACUAAUAUUGUGUAUAUGGUCCCAUUAUGUAGUAGUGAUGGUGAACAAAGGCUAGUUUUGGAUCAGUCCAUGAUGACACUGUUUUAAGUGAAGGUAUUCAUUAAAGCAGCUACAAGAACUAAAAAUGGAAGGAAAUUUGGAGUUAAUUGUAGACAGACUUCUCUGGAGGUGGAUUUUUCACCAAGUCAAUGAAAGGACCUUACUCAAAAUCUGUUCAUCCCUCAACAUUUGGAUGGGGUUUAGGUCAAGUCUCUGAGAAGUACCUGAGGCUUCACAGAUGUAUGAUGACACAACAUACGUGUUGGUGUUAUUGUGUGCCACGCUUGCUCUCACCGACGCUGGCGUUAUUGUCAUAUCAUUCGUCAGCCCUCGGAGGGAAACGUGUGCAUUAGCAGCUUAACGUAACCGGCAGCCAUGAGACAUCAAGCACUCAAGGAUUAAAACAGCCCGUCCAAAUUAGGACAGCGCCAGGAGUCUCCUGACUGGCUUGAAAGGUGCCCGUGUUGGGUUAUGGUGAAGUUGCUGCUCACUGAUACUGUAAAAGAGCUUGAACCUGUGUUGUAUCUCAUGGGCCCAGGCUGAGAAAUAGAAAUCAAAGCUUUCAUAAGCAUAUGCAGCCUGCUGCAUCAAUAAAUUAGACUCGAGAGAGAGAGCGGCACGGCAUUGCUACCAUUUGGCUGCGUCAAAUUGCUCAAUAUGCAUCUGAAAGCAAAGUGGAUCUUUUCUGAGAUGUGAUCUGCACUGUGCAAACUGGAUAAACACUUAUUGUGCGUACACAGUCACACUUGGUGGACUUUUUUGAGCCAUCAGUCCACCUGAAUGACCCAUUGAGGCCACCAUACUGCUUCACUCAAAGGUGUUUGUCCAUAUUGCAUCUUACAACCACGUCAAGACUCUGACAAUUCUGCCAUUACAUCAUCACUGUUUAUCGGAACAAACAAAGCAGAUUCGACACACAUUAAUAUCCACGUUUCUCCCUGCAGGGCAGAACAAACUUGUCUAUUUUGUCAACAAACAAAAUCGGGGGCGAUAUGUCCACUGACAGAAUGAUGCAUGAAGCCCCUUGAUGCAAUUGUCCUCAGAUUCCCUUCUCAAUAAAGGCUUGUUUACUCGCGAGUAGAAAGUGCUCAAGAUGAUGGAAAAAAGAGGUUACGUCUCGCGCACAUUGUGAGCUACAUCGUGUCAUUGAAUGAGACAGAAAAGCACGACGUGGGUGAUUUGUAAAGCUGCAGACUGCUCAAUUCUUUCAACAUGUUUAAUUCUUCUCUUCCAUCAGCUCCCUCCAUCCCUCCUCUGUGCUUGCUCAUCCUUCUCCUCCUUCAGCUGUCACUACAUCUGAGUGUCCAGAUUCUUCGUUCUUUCCUUCCCUUUUUUGAUAUUGCUACUGUUUUUACAUCCUCUCAACACUUACACAAGAGGUUCAUUUGAAAGUCAGGACAAGCUUUCAUAUUUAAAUCCCAAUUCUUUUCGUCCUCUAUUUUGGUGUAUGCUUACAAAUUUAUGAGAACAGUUUGGGGAUUCAACUUUUUUUGGUUCUAGCGUGACUGCAUCAAAAAGUCUGUGACGUAGUGGUUAUUGUAGAUGGAUUUGCUGUGGAAGAACUUGAAUGGGUUGACCUUCAACCCAUCAAACACAUUUGGAAUUUGAACAAGCCUCUUUUUGUCCCCAUGGACACGCGCCAAAAUCUUAAAGACACACUGAUUGGUAGAUUUUGUACUUCCUGACACUGUAUGUAUUUCUGCAGAAAAGUAGAGCAGUAGAUUCAAAAUAUUUUUGACUGGUCAGGUUUGAACGUACUUGUUGAGAGACACUGCACUGUAUUAACGUUCUGCAUAUGUCAAAAUACUUUUACUCCACAUUGGCAUUAUAGUAAUAUACGCACGCAUAUGUCACGUCUUACGGUUUUCAUCUUUGAACUUUUAGUCCAAUGCGCCGUGGGUUCUGAGUCAUGAUGCACUGCUAUGACUAAUGUGACAUUUGGAGAAGAUGAAGAAACACUCAAAUAGAUGUCAGCAUGAAUGAGCUCAGGGAGUUUCAUCUGGGGACUGAAAUGUAAAUAGUCAAGAUGGCUAAAAUUGACUUUAUCUGUCUUGACUAUUUACGAGAACCGUUUGCAUUUUUUCUGAGCAGCAACUCUGUACUUUGGAUAUUGAAGGUAGUCCAUAAAUGUCUCAUCACAUGCCCUUGAGUGUGCUCAAUAUCACGUCCUUGUCUUAGAAUUGAGUUGUUUUGCAGGUACUGAUUAAUCAUGGAAUGGGCAUGGAGUAAAAUACAGACUUAAAUCUGCACAUGAACCACUUUUUACUCCCAAAUUUCAUGCAAGUCCAAAGGUUUGAGUGACCUGCUUUAGUAAAACACUGCAGGGCCUGCGCUUGCACAAUGCAGUGACUUCUCCGAGGCAUCAGCUGCGUGCCAGUCCCAAAGAUUCCUCAGAUUUGAAGCACUUAGUUGUGCAUGACGUAUGAAAUAUGCAUGCGUUAUUCCGUGUCAUUGAACGCGGCGUAUUACAUCACUCGGUGUCUUCUAUUGACAAUCCCUCCAUGUCUCCAGAGGUGACUUCAAAGAUAGAACAGCAGGCGUCAACUUCGGUGUCUGGUCACGUCCAGUAUUUGCGUGGCUCUUAGAAGCGUGAUUUGUUUUUUGUCGCUGCCUUUAGGCUUUUACAAAGCAAAAGGUGGUGAUGACCAACCAAUGCCUCCUUUCAUAAACAUCCACCCUCUGCAUGUCCCUCACGAGGGAGAGUCUCAUUAUAUUCAAAGGGCAAAACGGUCAUCAUAAUGACGUUGAUAGAAGAGCAAUCUUGAAGCUCUUGCCACUGCAUUGCAUAGUCCCGAAAACAAACAAACAAAAAACAAAUAAGACCGUAAUGCUUUCCAAACCCCCCGUGACGACAUUUUGUAAUUCAUUAUAUUUGGAUUAUCUUUGGGUCGCACGUGCAUCGACAGGCACAGAAAAGAGGAUUACCUCAUCUCCGCCAGUUCCUACCCUCACCUCACUAGUUGACAAGAAUCACGCACAAAAUAAACACUCUGACUGAGUCUGAAAUUAGAUCAGUGAAGCACCACACUAAUCCCGCUCCACCAUCACCUGCACAUUUAUGCAAGCACGUCUACAAAAAAACGAGAAAUAGAAAUCAGGGCAAAUAGUACAGCGGGGGAAAAAUCGUUCACCACAGCUCUGAGCGCUACCGUCGUGCAAAUCCAAUAGCGCUCUUAUCUACCCCCCCAUUCGUCCAACUCAUGCUUGGGUUGAUUUGAACAUGACAGAACGAAAAACAGGCCCUCUCCAAGCUGCCUGCGUUUUUCUAUUUGACUGCCUAACGUAAGGAGCAUCCAGCUGAUGAAUGGACCUUCAUUUCCACUUUAUUUGCUCAGUUAUGUGGCAAACAUUUUUCAUGCUUCAUUCAUUCUCAAUUUCUUGUCUUCCAGUCAGACUUCACGACCCCCUCCCCCCCCUUAACCACGCAUGUUAUUCUUCUGCGGCUGCACCGAUGGAAAUACCCAAUGAAGCACAAUUCCAGCAUGACCUCAUCGUCCCAGCCAGUAGCUGUCUGAGUUUUUGCCUCAGCAUUUUGAUAGAUUCAAGAUAAGCCACUGAGGCAUAAGGUCAAGUCCCAAUAGUAUUUAGGGUGACUAUGUGGCUGGGUAACAUAAUUUUGCACAGCUUGUGGAUAUCUAUUACACAAAAUAAGUAGUGUGUUGUGGUUAAGACUCCAUAAGCUUGGCACGAUCAAUCGCGUCAAUGUUAGGCUAGUCAUAUGAGAUUGAAGCUUUUAAAUCCAUAAAUGGCAACAAUUUUGAAAAUAAUUUUCCUAGAUGGGGAUAAAUCAAGAAAAUAGUAUGUGUUUCUACUUUCUUGGAAUAUGAUAGUGGUUUGUUUAUAAUCCCUAUCGACCCAGAAUGAAUAAUGAAUAUAAAGUCGUGUUGUAUACUUUUUAAGUGAAGCUCUAAAGUACUCGACAAUGCAGUUGUCCUAUUUGUGUUGCUAUCAUCCGGCUAUUGCUGCUGACAUAGUGGGAUUGUAACAGUUUGCAUUUCACGAACGAGUAAAUAUUGAUCGAUCUGCUUGUAAAAGGAUACAUGGGCAUUAUCUGUAAAUAUUGGCUCAGGCAGUGUCAACAUCUGCAUGUUGAACUGCAGAUUAGGGGGGCGAUGCAUGCAGGACUGGGAGGGAGAUCACGUCUUGUGUUUUGCUGCAUCUUUCUUUGCAUUCUAACAUUUAAAAAAAACAAGAAGCACCGCAUAAUGACAGAAAAGAAUGUUAACUGACCUAUAAAUGUGCAUAUGAGCUGAUUUAGUUUAAUUUUUUAUUCUUUUAUUCUUUUUCUUUUUUUAAAUAUUUUUUAGUAUGACACAGGAAUGUAUUUUUUUCUCUCUGCAUAAUUUCCAUUUCCACAUUUAUAUAUAUUUUUUUAAAAAACAAACAAACGUGACCUUAAAGAGGUUUUGUUUGAAUUCUUUAUCAGUGGAGCACCUGAGCCUGAAUCCACCUCUUCAUCACAAUUACAAAAACAACUACACAAAAUUGCAAUAUAACAACGCACAACAGUGUAGUGGACUUCGAAAUGACAAAAUAACUUCAUGUAUUUUGUGUUCAGUCCAAGUAAUUACCAGUAUGUCGACAUACCUGGCACUUCAUUGCAAUGAAAUGAACAGAAUAAACUGAACCGAAGAAAUAUUAAUAGAAUUUAGGUUGGAAAUGCAGGUCAGUGCUUCUGAUAGUGUUUAGGUGAGUCAGACACGCUCACCACUGCCAUUUCCCGUCAAGGUGGCACGAUAAUGUACCUUUCAGGCAGAUUUGAAGCCCUCACAACAUUGUGUACAUAUCGGAAGAGCAAACAACCGUAUAGUUGCACUUACGCCUCACUUAGCAUAUUAGCCUCGUGAUUGAAUUAUCCUUGGAUGGUGACACUUUCCUUCACGCUGAGCAUCCCCCUCCCCACCAAUCCUUCUAUAAUCCACCCUUUUUUCCCAUAAACAGAACUGAGCUGAUAUGACCAGCGCGUCAUGUCGAGAUGGGCAGGGCAAGCCGAGCAGCGUCAUAACAGGCGCCGUUGAUGCCGAUUAAAGGCAUGCUGGUCCGAGGGCAGAGGUGGAGGGAGGCGAGGCGGCCAACGUGAUUGCCUGCCGAGCAGUGGAUGACAACAAAACUCAUUUCCUCAACCCCCACUCCUGCUAAAGUGGGAGAUUGUAUCUUGAGCUUGGGCGCCAUGUUAACCUUUGACAGGGCGCUCUCCAUUCCUGUGAGAUGAAAUAGUUAAUCCUGAUACGAUACAGAAAUAAUUACGAGAUGAAAUAAAAGGGACUACGCAUUAAACCGUGCUCACCAAACACACGGUCGUGCAUGGACACAUGCGCCAUUAAUCAGGGCAGACUAUGAAAGAGUUACAACGGGUUUAUGAAGGAUAUCCUGCCAUCGAAUGUUCGUGUGUGUGUGUGUCUUGUGCGUUGUUUGCUUUCAGUAAUGCACUGAAAGCCCGUGGGCGCAUGCCAGCCCAGCGACACGCUCAUCAGCAAAAGGGCACAGAGAAUGAAUAAGCUUUAAUUGACCACACAUCCUCCAGUACACAUCUGCUUACAAACGUAUCCAUUCUCCUUGGAGCCACUCUCGGAACAAAACAGCUCCCAAUAUUGCUUGGAAAAUCCUUUGAGCUAAAAUUUCAAUUCUUGUCACAUUUGAUCAAAUGACAUUUCUUUUGUCCUAGCAGAUCUUACUGUAUAUGUAGUGAUUCAUUCUUAGAAAGAAAAAAAAAAACGUGUCUCUACAGGGAUUUCGUUGACACCGGCACGCUGCCUCCCUUGUGGACGUGAGAAUGUUUCGCAAGAAGAAAAAGAAGAGGCCCGAGAUAUCUGCCCCCAAGAACUUUGAACACCGUGUCCACACCUCAUUUGAUGCCAAGCGUGGCUGCUUUAUCGGUCUUCCCACACAAUGGCACAGCCUGAUCGAGAACCUGCGCAGACCCAGGCCCAUGGUGGACCCUUCCAGGAUUACAGAAGUGGAGCUGAGGCCCAAGAAGACCAUUGUGCGUGGGAGCAUGAUCGGUCAUGGAGACUACAUCACAGCCAUGAUCAACGAUAUGAGCCGUCUGUCUGUGACCAGCUCCAAUUCUUUGCGGAAGAGCAGCCCCUCAGCGAGGAAGAGGGCCCAGUCCUUGGGAAGACUGGGAGAGGUGAACGAGGGAGACGCUUACCAAUACGAAGGCCUGAUUCAAGAUGAUGAAGAUGAAGAAGACGCGGGUCAUUGGAGGGACAAAGCGAGAAACAUCCACAGUGAAUCCAACACUCCCUACUUAGGAAUGAAGAAGAGCGUCACUUUGCAGCCAAAUGGGAUUUUACCAAAAGCCACAUCCACUUAUGAGAUUGGAGGUGGCCCACUGGAGGGAUCCUCUCAAGCAGGCCAGGACCAGAACAUUGCGAUGGCGAGUCAUGGCUCUUACGUGGGCAGCCCUCAGGAAAGAGUCAUAUGGAAGAGAGACUUUCAGCUGCCCAGAGGAAUGCCACCCAAUCAAAUACCAGUUGCAUGUUUUUAUAGCCCGGCUAUGAGCCUGCAGCAGCAGCACCACCAAGACGUCCCCACGGAUCUCCGGCCCAGUGUACCGAUGUACAUGCAGUCCCAGAACAGCCCGGGGAGGCCUUUCUCCUCCUAUGACCUGAAAACAGAUUCAGCGGUGAGAUGCCACUCUGGCUUCCUGCCCACCGGCACCAGCAGUCCUCUAGUGAGCAGCAUCAGACCUCAGCGGACCGUGCGAUCCUCAGCGAGCUAUACUUUAGGACUGUCCCCCAAUAUGGGACUACGGCCCAAUGGACCAGACCCUUUUCUUAGGCACUCUGGCUGCCCUAAUCCUCCUUACCCCCGACAGGACAGCCCAUCCCAACCUCGACCCUCCCCUACAGGCUCUCUCGCCACCAGUCCCCCCGGUACAUGCUCACCCGCCUUCCGACUCCCUCACCCUUCGCCUCGACCGCCGCCAGACCCACCGAAGGUGACCCAUGAACAAUUUAAAGCCGCCCUGCAGAUGGUGGUGGAUAAAGGGGAUCCGAGGUCUUACCUGGAAAACUUUGUGAAGAUUGGAGAGGGUUCAACUGGAGUGGUUUGCAUUGCCGCAGAGAAGCACAGUGGUCGGCAGGUGGCGGUGAAGAUGAUGGACCUGCGAAGGCAGCAGAGGAGGGAGUUGCUCUUCAACGAGGUGGUGAUCAUGAGGGACUAUCAGCACAGAAAUGUUGUGGAGAUGUAUAAAUCUGCACUUGUGGAGGAAGAACUGUGGGUGAUUAUGGAGUAUCUGCAAGGUGGAGCACUUACCAAUAUUGUGUCUGAAACCAGGCUGAGUGAAGAGCAGAUUGCCACAGUGUGUGAAGCAGUUUUGCAAGCCCUGGCCUACCUCCACUCGCAGGGAGUGAUUCACAGAGACAUCAAGAGUGACUCAAUACUACUCACAUUAGAUGGAAGAGUCAAACUCUCCGACUUUGGCUUCUGUGCUCAGAUCAGUAAGGACAUCCCCAAGAGGAAGUCUCUAGUGGGGACUCCUUAUUGGAUGGCUCCAGAAGUAAUUUCCAAAUCGCCAUAUGGCACUGAGGUGGAUGUGUGGUCCAUGGGUGUCAUGGUGGUGGAGAUGGUGGAUGGAGAGCCACCGUAUUUCAGUGAAACCCCCGUGGCAGCUAUGAAGAGACUGAGAGAUGAGCCUGCUCCGACUGUGCGAAAUGUCAGCCAGGUGUCCCCAGUUCUUAAGGACUUUCUGGACCGUAUGCUGACUCGGGACCCCCUCGAGCGGGCCAGCGCCACUGACCUGCUGGAGCACCCCUUCCUGCUGCAGAGCGGCUCACCUCAGUGCCUGGUCCCCCUAGUGGAACAGUACCGCAAGCGCAUGUCCCGCUGCUGACCCCGAGGUGUUCCCGGUUUCCCAACCCCCACUUAAAAGUCCAACCGUGAUAAUCAAGGGUAGUUUCUUCGAUUCCUCACGCACCAACGGGCUACAUCUCCGCAGCCCAAUGUCGCCACGUGAGCGACAAUGUCGAAGUUGGGUCGUAAGACACCGCAUGGUCUUUUGGGGCAUGUGAGAAGCACUUUAGGAGUGAAUUCAAGGCAGCAUGCAAUCACUCAACUCAGUCAAAAACACUGAUUGGUUUCUCGUGAUAGUCUGUGGGCUUCGACACAUGCAAGAUGGUGCUCAUAUCAGAACAAUAUGUCAUACACUACUGCAAAAGAUAAACUCUAUUUUUAUAACGGCCAUCAAGUAGGAGCGGUUGUUCAACUGGUUUACCUCUGCACAGUCGUGAUUUGAAUCUUAGCUGACAGUGACGAGAGACUCUUUGCAUGGCCAAACGGAGGCCCACCUGGCCUGAAGUGAAUGCUUGAAUAUGUACCAAACGAGAACGUGAAAGAGCAUCCUCUGUUAUUAGCAUAACAAGUGGUUAGAUGAAAGCCAUGCUGCUAUUGUGGGCUCACUGGAAAAUCUCCUCUUUUCCACACGUGUUUUUAAUUUCCAACAUGUGUUUUGUGGGUUGUUUGUAUGAUAUGAAGUUAGGUUUCCAUUGCUACUUAUGGACCUCAAUAUAAGCAGAUAAUAGUCAUAAAAUUCCGGUAGGUCCUUACGACUGCAAAAUAUAUUAAAGUCAUUCAAGUUUCUUUACGGAAAUGCGAGCGUGUAGCUAUCGAUGUGUGCAUGUGUGUUUGCGAGCACAUGGAUGUACGGGUGAGGGCAUCUCAGCGAACAAAUAAGCCCAUUUGUACCGUUACAGACAUUUUUUUAGGGAAACAGUUGAAAUCUAACUUGUGUUUUGAUCCUCAAGAUGUUUGAUUUUUCUAGUAGAAGCACACACACGCUUGGCAUGUGAUGCUGCGAGACGCCCACCUGCUGAGACACACUUUGCACAUACACUGGUCUUUGACUCCUGCAUUUCUAUGUGUGCCGAUCAUUGAUGAAAAAGAGAAUGACACUUGAUUUUCGUUUUUGUACAAACCAAAUAAAUGACGCACAUGGAA